AUUACAGUGAAAGAUGAACCAGUGUAUUCCUAAAUGAUUGACGGAAAGAUUGCCGUAGCCUGUUUGGCAACCCUUGCUAAUGCUGGUAUUCUUUUGGGACACCAUGGCAAAGAUGACGGACAAUGGCACGGAGAAGGACUUUUGGAAAGCCAGUGGUACGGCGAUCACAAAACUCAUGGAAUAAUUGCUGCCCCUCUUCUUGCCCACGGUGUUCUUGCUGGACCCGUAAAUCAUGGUGCUACUCUUGUUGGCCCAUCUCAUGCUGCAUCAGUUGUUGGACCAGUUGAACAUGGAGCAACUCUCAUUGGACCAUCUCACCAAGCUUCUGUAGUAGGACUAGUUGACAAUGGUGCAACUCUUAUUGGACCAACUCAACAUGCUUCAGUUGUUGGACCUACUAACUAUGGAGCAACCCUUGUUGGACCAACUCAACAUACCUCAGUUGUUGGACCUGCUAACUAUGGAGCAACACUUGUUGGACCAUCCCAACAUGCUUCAGUUGUUGGACCUACUAACUACGGAGCAACACUUGUUGGGCCAUCUCAACAUGCUUCAGUUGUUGGACCAACUAACUAUGGAGCAACACUUGUUGGACCAUCUCAACAUGCUUCAGUUGUUGGACCACUUGUUGGACCAUCUCAACAUGCUUCAGUUGUUGGACCUACUAACUAUGGAGCAACACUUGUUGGACCAUCUCAACACGCCUCUGUAAUCGGACUUGCUGGUCACGGAGCAACACUAAUUGCACCCUCUUAUCACGGAUUGAGCUACGACAAUGCUCACUUGAUUGUCGUAGCCUGUUUGGCAACCCUUGCUAAUGCUGGUAUUCUUUUGGGACACCCUAGCAAAGAUGAUGGAAAAUGGCACGGAGAAGGACUUUUGGAAAGCCAGUGGCACGGCGAUCACAAAACUCAUGGAAUAAUUGCUGCUCCUCUUGUUUCCCACGGUCACGAACAUGCCCAUUGA